CUUUUACCGCGCAUAAAGAUAAAGAGAACUCCUUGUCCUUCCCAUGUGUUUUCUCUUUGCUUUCUCCGUACGUAAAGAGAAUUCCUUCUCUCUGUUUUUCUUUUUUUCCUCAAGGCAGUAAACCUUAUGAAGCUAUAAAUACGAAAGCCAAAAACCUUAUGAAGCUAUAAAUACGAAAGCCUCAUUUCGGUUCUCUCAUGUGUCAACUACCUCACAUAUAAUAGUAGCUUUUAAUUUCUGUCUCUUUGAGGAUUCAAAGAUGGAAUAUUCCACCCCCAUUUCAGUAAUCAGCCGCUCUGCUGCUUUCGGAGCAGCGUCAGAUUGCAAACCGCGGUCGUCGUCCUCGUUUGCAACCAUCCGCGAGUUCUGGAUACAACAAGGUGCGGCACCGCUAGACACGGCAGGCAACACAAUCCUCCAUUUUCUGGCCAUGUUCGGGAACGCAUUCGUGAUCCAGAAACUCGUGGAUGACAAGAACAGCAACAGCAGCAGCAUAGUGAAAAACGAAGAUCUGUUUGGGAGAAACAACAAGGGCAACACGCCAUUGCACGAAGCUGCGAGGUUCGGUCGCGCAAGCGUGGUCGAAACCCUGUUGCGGAAACAAGAAUCAUUGGUUCGGGAACGCAAUAACUCAGGAGAGACGCCUGUUUACGUUGCUGCGGCUGGCGGACACGAGGAUGUUUUCAACCAUCUAAUCGCAAAGGUCGAUUGCGAUUGGGAGAUCAUGACCAGAGGUACCGACAAUUCCGACGUUCUUCAGGCUGCGGUCGUGGGGGAACAUUAUGGUCUUGCUAUGAGAAUAUUGGAGUUAUUCCCCCAACUUGCUCAGAAUCAUGAUAAAGAAGGAAGAACUGCAUUGUAUCUGCUGGCUAAAAAAUCGAAGUCAUUCAGAAGUGGAUCUUUUUAUUCUCCACACAAUUAUAUGGCCGGCUCUCUGGUCCUUUCGGUGCAUCUUCUUACAGUUCUCAUAUAUUGUUUUAUCCCCACGACGGAGUAUCAGUCGACGAAAUGUGGCACUGAUGUCGAAAAUCAACAGCACAAACGAGUUAAUAUCUCAAAGCUAAAAUGGCUUCGGACAUCAAUAGUCGCAGGAUUCAGAACCGUCUUUAGAGCUUGCGGACGUACUAAAAGAAUCUAUGAUGAGAAGCAAAAACAUGCAUUUGCACUUGAGCUGGGGCAAAGGCUGGUAAAAGAAGAGAGAGAAUGGAGUCGUUACUUAGAAAAUCACAUGGGGAGCCCAAUUGUUGAAGCCACGAAGAGGGGCAUCAUUGAGUUGGUAAAUGAGAUUUUAAGAAAAUUUCCGGAGGCUGCGUAUAGCUUUGACAAGAAUAAUAAUAAUAAUGACGAAGAAGAGAACAUAUUGCGCAUCGCGGUUGAGCAGAAAAAUUGGAAUAUGUACAACUUGUUAAAGAAGAAAGUAGAGCUCAUGAAGGAUGGAAUGUUGGUGGGAGAUGUUGAUAAGCAUGGAAACACCAUAUUACAUCUUGCUGCCAAAUUGGGCACUCCAAGUUCCACAUUAGUUCAACGUGGACAUUUGUACCAGAUGAUGUGGGGUGUUUGUUGGUUUAAGCAGGUGAGUUACGACUCUCCCCCACAUUUAGGGUAUCUUCAAAACUCUGACGGGAAGACGGCAGCAGAAGCAUUCAUGAAUGAACAUUCGGAAACACGAGAGAAAGCUGAGAAAGCAGUGAAAUACAUGAACAAUGGCCUAAUGCUGAUUACUACUCUGAUCGGAACCAUCAACUAUGCCGCACUUUUAACCCCGCCGGGAGGUUACCGUCAAGACAAGGAAGAUCCUUUAUACGGUCGCCCCGUCUUCCUCACGGAAGAGAUGCGCACUUACUUCUUCCUCGUAUCCUGUGGUCUUGUAGCCUCUUUCGUUGCCUUCUCGACCAUGUUUUCGAUUCAGUCAUGUCCGUUCCGCAGCAGAGACUUCUAUCUGGACCUGCCGCUGAGGCUCUUUUUUGCUAUGAAUUCCAUGUUUCUUUCCAUGGUAUUCACUGCCCUAUCAUCUCUGCAAGUCUACCGCCUUGAUCAGCUUUAUUUCACUCCCCACGUUGCAUACCAUAGAUACCUAAUCUUGGUCGCCGUAAUACUGAUCCUUGUAUACGUAGACGCAACAUUCUUAACCAUCUAUUACCUCUUUCUUUUGAAUCGCAGAAGAUAAAUUUUAUU